GCCGGGGUUAGGCGAGCGGCGGGAGGGCGCCUCGGCUUGUACUCACGUGACGGGCAGGGAGGUUGGGGUGGGGGCGGCGAGCUGGGUGGGCCUGGGCUCCGGAGGGCGAGGCGAAUCGUCCGGCCCCACCCCUCGCGGGCCUGCCGGUCGCAGCGCCGGACCUUCCCUGGGGCUGGGGCCGGACCCGCCGCGCAGCUUCCCCGGACAGCUUGGUCCUCCGCGGCGGCCCGCCCGACCGCCGGAGCUGCCAGGAGUUCUCUCCUCCGGUAGGGCCGCGGCGAGAGGGGGAGAGUCCGCUCUUUCCGAGGGAGCUGCGCCGGUCUCGGCCCCGCGGGGUCCCACCGCACCCGAGAGGAUGGAGAGCCUCCCCCGAGGCCCCAGCAGAGCCCUCGAUCCCACGCUGGCCAGCCCUCGCUAGUUGCUCGAAAUUUGCGUUUUAUCCACCACCUAGGCCUUGUCUCCUGAGUCAGUGGCGUUGUGGUUCCAAAGAAAUGGAAGAAAAGGAGCGAUGUGACCGAUUCCGUUCGGUCCUCCUGCCUUGAGGCCUGGUUCGCAUUUACAGGAAGGAAAAUACAGCAAGAAAAUCGUGGUUUUUUUGGAAGGGGUAGAAGAGGAGGGUGGAAGAAGGAAAAUAAGGUCUUAGAUUUUAUAUGGUUUUUCAAAACUUCUGCACUUUGACAGUGGUGGCAAAAUACACACUAAUCCAAAAGUUAUCUUUCUAUUGAGAAGAGAGAAGAGGGGGACUAUUUUUCCUUUUGGAUUCCAACCUUUUCUUUCCGUGACAAAGCAUAAAUCAUGGACACCAGAAAAUAAGGUGGACCUCAGGAAUUCUGAAAAGACUGAGAAGCUUACAUUCCUCCUCAGGAGGGAAGGGUGGGGUGUUUUUAGUCCUCUCUGGAACCUAAAACGAAAAACAUGAGUUGCGUGCCAUGGAAAGGAGACAAGGCCAAAUCUGAAUCAUUGGAGCUGCCCCAGGCAGCACCCCCACAAAUCUACCAUGAGAAACAGCGCAGGGAGCUUUGUGCUCUGCACGCCCUCAAUAACGUCUUCCAGGACAGCAACGCCUUCACCCGGGAGACGCUGCAGGAGAUUUUCCAGAGGCUGUCUCCAAACACCAUGGUGACCCCCCACAAGAAGAGCAUGCUGGGAAAUGGGAACUACGAUGUGAACGUGAUUAUGGCAGCACUUCAGACCAAAGGCUAUGAAGCUGUUUGGUGGGACAAGCGCAGGGAUGUUGGCGGCAUUGCUCUCACUAACGUUAUGGGCUUCAUCAUGAAUCUGCCCUCCAGCCUGUGCUGGGGUCCACUGAAGUUGCCACUCAAAAGGCAGCACUGGAUCUGUGUUCGAGAGGUGGGAGGUGCCUACUACAACCUCGACUCCAAACUGAAGAUGCCCGAAUGGAUUGGAGGCGAGAGUGAGCUCAGGAAAUUUCUAAAACAUCAUUUGCGAGGAAAGAACUGUGAACUCCUGCUGGUGGUACCAGAAGAGGUGGAGGCCCAUCAGAGUUGGAGGGCUGAUGUGUAAUGCAGUUCUACCCAGCCUUCCCUCACCUCAGCCCCCGAAAUCCUCUGUGAUGUGCUGUGGCCUAUACAGUGGGUCUGCCCUUGCCACCUCCCCAAGCAUCUCAUCGGGUUUUUCCCAUCAAAUUUGACAGUGCAAUAGGACAGACGUGUGGAUUGUUACAGAACCAAUCAGCAUUACUUGUUCCUGGGAAGGGAAAGUAGGAGCUCUGUGCACUUAGGGCAAGCUAUGGAAGACCUUUGUUUUAUUUAAGAGAGGAGAAAGAAAGGUGGCUCUUAGCUUAUUUUCCCCAUUUCUAUGAGGACUUGACAGAGGCUCUGCUGGAGUUCACUGCUGCCCUGACUCACCUGGAGAUGCUGCCUCCACUUUCCCUUUCCUGGCAACCAGUGGGUCUGAAGAUACAGUAUGUGCAAAGCCCAUGUGACUGGUUCAGAGGACUUAGAGCAAAAAGAUCUCUCAGGAAACCACCUCCAAAACUGCAGCAGCAGUGCAGCAUACUGUCUCCAACCCUUAAUGCCACCCUUACCCCAUUUUUAAGAGUGGUUUAUGGCCAUCCUUGGAGUUUUAUAAUGAAAAGUUCUCUAAUAUCCCACACCAGUCGGUUGAAUCCUGUGAUAUUCUAGCAUGACAGGGUGAGCUAGAUACCUAAGAGGAUGUGACCAGAGCCAGGCUGGGCAGGCAUGGGCAGGCUGUCUGCCUCACUCCAGCAUCGUUCCCAUCACUUCACUGCAUUGAUUUAGGAGGCUUUGGGGCAUAAGACAGGCAAAAGGGCAGUUUUCCCACUCUGGCAAAACCAGGAAAAAAAAUAAGACUGCCUUUGACAUCAAAUUCUACUAGUUUGAGACAGAGUUGAGCAAGGAAAGUAUUGUGAGGAUAAGUCUUCAGGGAUUUGGAGCAGCUAGAAUCAGUAGAAGUCCUAGGCUUGGAGUCACUAUAGUGACAGGAAGCAGAGCCCUCACGUUGGGUGGAUAUGUGUGCAUCACACUUUGUCAUCUCUCGAGUUUCCUUUACAGAUCAGCUGAGAAUUGACCCGCCCCCUACCUCUUUAAAUAGUUGUAGGCCACUUUUCUCCCCGUAACUUGGGAAAACAAAAGGAGAAGUGAGUGUCAUACUACACCGCCUCUCACCAAAGUGGUGGUGGUUGCCUCCAGACAGGUGGGCAGGCAGGGAUGGCCUGUCCAGCCCUUAUGGAUCAAUGGUUUUGGCAGGUCUGAGAGCAGCCCCACUGGCCAGACUUCUCUCCAGUAGCAGAGCCAGUCUGGGGCUUGCAUGUCCAGCCCAAACAAGCUUAACGGGAUGAAGCUGAGGCUUUCUCCCCACUGUGACUGGAGUGCAUGUUUACACCAGCACUUUUUCUGCACAUGUAUCUUCAAUCCAACAAGGCAAUUUUUUAUGCUGAGUAACAGAGGCCACCAAGCGGCUACUGCGUUACACCCUCUCAGCAAGUGGCCGCAGUUUCUUCUGCACCAUUUUCUACACCAGACCUGCUUGGCACCACAGGGAGCUCUUCACCCCUGCACAGUGACAUUCCAACCACCACCAGCCAGAAGUUACAGCCAAGCUUGCUGAUUGUCACAAGCAGGAGCUUGGGUCCAUUGGCAGUCAGUGAUGUAAGCCAUUUCCUGGGAGGGAGAGGAGGAAACUCCUCUCCACCAGUCUGCUUGGGCCUGUGCAGAUGGCACUUCAAAGGAGUCCCCAUGCACUUGGAGUCCACGAGCCAAUGGGAUAUGCAAAGACGCUUAAACAUUUCAGGGCUGGUUUCUCUGUUCAUAUCCAAUUCCGGUGCUUAGGAACAGGGACCUAUGCUGAUGCCCAAGGGCAAAAAGCCCCACUUCCUUUAAGAAAGGGGGCAGGCCUGACCCUGAUGCCCAGUAAGGGGCAGCCCUAGGCUUUUUGUUUUUCUUGCUUUUAUUCCUUUUUGUUGGCCUUGUGCUGGGUUUGUUUACAAAAGAUGUAUUUUGUUUAACCAAAUAUUAAAAAUGGAAAACUCCAUACAUAAA